GGGAGAUAGCGGCGGCAGUAGCCCCGGCCCUCGGAGAGCCGGCAGGGAGGGAGGGAGGGUGUUGGGGGUACGGCCCCCCACCAUUCCUACCGAUAUGGGUCCAGCUUCCCGCUCCCACCACCCCUCCAUCGGCCGGGGCUAGGACAUCCCCAAAUCCUGUCGCCCCCUUGGCACCGACACCGAGACAGAGAUACAGCCGCCACCACCGCUGCCGCAGCCUGGCUGGGGAGGGGGCCCGUCCCCCAGGCCCCCCGCCCCAUUGAGGUGACCAGAAUGGAGCUGUGGCCCGGGGCCUGGACGGUACUGCUGCUGCUGCUGCUCCUCCUGCUGUCCACCCUGUGGUUCUGCAGCUCCAGUGCCAAGUAUUUCCUCAAGAUGGCCUUCUACAACGGCUGGAUCCUCUUCCUGGCCAUACUCGUGAUCCCCGUGUGUGCUGUGCGGGGGCGCAAUGUCGAGAACAUGAAGAUCUUGCGUCUGCUGCUGCUCCACAUCAAAUACCUGUAUGGGAUCCGAGUGGAGGUGCGGGGGACUCACCACUUCCCUCCCACGCAGCCCUACGUUGUGGUGUCCAACCACCAGAGCUCCAUCGAUCUGCUCGGGAUGAUGGAGGUGCUGCCAGAUCGCUGUGUGCCCAUUGCCAAGCGUGAGCUGCUGUGGGCUGGCUCUGCCGGGCUGGCCUGCUGGCUGGCAGGAGUCAUCUUCAUUGACCGGAAACGCACGGGAGAUGCCAUCAGUGUCAUGUCCGAGGUGGCCCAGACCCUGCUCACCCAGGAUGUGAGAGUGUGGGUUUUUCCCGAGGGAACAAGAAACCACAACGGCUCCAUGCUGCCCUUCAAACGUGGCGCCUUCCACCUCGCAGUACAGGCCCAGGUCCCCAUCAUCCCCAUAGUCAUGUCGUCCUACCAGGACUUCUACUGCAAAAAGGAACGCCGAUUCACCUCGGGACGGUGUCAGGUGCGUGUGCUGCCCCCAGUGCCCACAGAAGGGCUGACGCCAGAUGACGUCCCAGCUCUGGCAGACAGAGUCCGACACUCGAUGCUCACCAUCUUCCGGGAGAUCUCCACUGACGGCCUGGGUGGUGGUGACUGUGUGAAGAAGCCUGGGGGAGCGGGCGAGGCCCGGCUCUGAGCUCUCAUCUUUCCCCACCUCGACCCAGGCCUGAUGCAGGGCCAGGCCUCCUUCCCGGGUCCCCACUCUCUGUACUCCCUUUGGAAUCUUCUCAAGUGAUGGUGGCACAGCGUCACUUCACGCCCUCCCCUGCCCCACUUCGGACGCUCCUGCAUGGUGCAGGCUCUACUCCGAGCCCCACCUGCCAUCUCGUCUUGUGGGACACUUGCCUCCCCUCAUCCUUGGCUCAACCGAUACAAGGGUGGGAGACGCCCACCCCGCUCCUU